UGACCAGUAAUUAAUAACACCGUUAUAGUUGUUAUAGUUAUGUUAUUAAUUAUAUCGUGAAGUGAAUCUGAAUACAUAAAACAAACAACGCUUACGAGUAACGCGCUUUUUAAAAGUUGAAAAAAUAUGAAUCCAGAAAAGCAGGAAUAUGAAUUACAACAUUUCAACUUUAGCUCCGAUGAGAUUAUAGAACAAAACCGUUUUAUGAUAAAGACUGUUAUUCAGCAAUCAUUAACCGAGUUCACGGAUGAAUUCGUUGAAGCACGCAAUAUGCCUACAGAUCAGGCCAUGGAACUCCGUUCCAAGUGCUAUCCAACUGCAUUGAAAAUGUUUGAAGAUUGUACACAGAAACUGGAAGAGCUAGCCGCGCUUUAUCAAUCGACCUUUACUAUUCCUGAUAAUGUACUGCUCCCAUCAGAUUUAAUGCAAAAGAAAAAUUAUACGGCCGAGUAUGUACAGGAACUUCAACAAGAAGUGUCCUUAUUGGACAAGCAAUUUCGGCAAGACUGUGUUUUUCGGGCACAUUUGGAAGACGAAAUCAUGCUACACCAACAUUUGCUUCCGUUUCUUGAAAGCGAGGCAAAACUGAUUGAACUGGUUGAUCAAUAUCAACGCGAAGAAAUCGUUCCAGCUGAAGAUGCUGCCGUGGUGCAGGAUUUGGCGGAUGUAAUGCAGAACGUUUUGAAACUGUAAGGUUUUGGUCUUUUUUCGGCCGAAUCGGCACUAUUACAUAUAUGUAUGAGAUUUAAUAUCGAGCAUUUCGCACGAAAAAUUGUAUGCAUCUUUUCUACUUGUUCUUGUUUGUUCGUGGAAAUGUUGAAAUCUCGCCAAGAAAAUAUUAAAAGCAAAGUAUUUUUUUAUAAAAAAUUACAUUUUUAGAAAACGUUUUAUUAGGCAGUACAUAAAUUCACUUUUUAUA